AUGCCUCCCAAAUCGAGGUUUACGCGGCUGGAUGCCUUUACCAAGACUGUCGAGGAUGCGCGGAUACGGACGACCUCCGGCGGGAUUGUCACGAUUGCGUCCAUCAUUAUCAUCAUCUACUUGGUCCUCUCAGAAUGGGCAGACUACCGAAGGAUAGUGGUGCAGCCGGAGCUGGUGGUGGACAAGGGGCGAGGAGAAAAGAUGGAAAUACAUCUGAACAUCACAUUCCCUCGAAUACCUUGCGAACUGCUCACGCUCGACGUGAUGGACGUGUCCGGCGAACAACAGACAGGCGUGGUGCAUGGGGUCAGCAAAGUCCGACUGUCUUCAGUGGCGGAGGGCUCCCGGGUCAUCGACGUACAAGCACUUGAAUUGCACGAGCAAGGUACUGCGGUGCAUCUCGACCCCGACUACUGCGGCUCGUGCUACUCGGCGCCAGCACCUGCCACCGCGAAGAAGCCGGGAUGCUGCAACACCUGCGACGAAGUGCGAGAGGCGUACGCCACCAACAGCUGGGCAUUUGGCCGAGGCGAGGGCGUCGAGCAAUGCGAGCGCGAGGGGUAUGGCGAGAGACUAGACGCACAGCGUCAAGAAGGCUGCCGGAUUGAAGGCGACAUCCGAGUCAACAAGGUGGUGGGCAACUUCCACAUCGCGCCCGGGCGAAGUUCCAGCCACGGGAACAUGCAUGUGCAUGAUCUGAACAAUUACUUGGAUACGCCGGUCGAAGGGGGACAUACGUUCACCCAUGAAAUCCAUUCUCUACGGUUUGGGCCGCAACUGUCCGACGAGGACGAGACGUCCGCCAGGUGGAGCGACCACCACCACUCAAACCCCCUGGACGGCCACCGACAGGAAACCGCCGAGCCCGGCUUCAACUUCAUGUACUUCAUCAAGGUCGUUUCCACCUCAUACCUGCCGCUGGGAUGGGACGAGGACCGAUCGGCGAACCAGCAUUCGAGUCUCAGUGACCUUAUUCCCUUGGGCAUGCAUGGCAAAGGCGCCGGCAGCCACGGCUCCAUCGAAACACACCAGUACUCAGUGACAUCACAUAAGAGAUCCCUCGCCGGAGGCACUGAUGCCGCAGAGGGUCAUAAGGAGCGCCUUCACGCCUACGGCGGCAUCCCGGGUGUCUUCUUUUCCUACGACAUUAGUCCCAUGAAGGUCAUCAAUCGCGAAGUCCGGCCGAAGUCCUUUGCUAAUUUUCUCACCGGUGUCUGUGCCGUCAUCGGCGGAACCCUGACGGUUGCUGCCGCCAUUGAUCGUGGCCUCUAUGAGGGGAGUACCAGGCUCAAAAAGGUCCAUCAAGGUUAA